AGCUAGCAUGGCGGCGGUGAUAAAGGAAAAACCCCAGCUGCAGUUUGACGAGCGAUGGCCCAAAAUGCGGCCGACGAUAUUGAAGCUGCUUCACCAGGAUCCAAUCACGAGAGACGAAUGGCAGGGUUUGUUCUGGGACAUCCAUGCAGUGUGCCUAUGGGAUGAGCGUGGACCUUCAAAGCUCUAUGCCGCUCUUCAGGAAGACAUCCUUGAAUUCAUUAGCGUUGCACAGAGGCGUGUGCUUGAACAUCAGGAGGACCAGGCCUUGCUGAACGCGUACAUCAAGGAGUGGCGAAAGUUCUUCGUCCAGUGCAGCUACCUGCCCAUGCCUUUCGGGCAGCUGGAGACCGUGCUGGCCGGUAAGAGCCUGAAGAAAACCGAGGAGGGCCUCGUUCGUAAGCUCAUGCUCGACACCUGGAACCAGAGCAUCUUCUCGACCAUCAAGGGUCGUCUGCAAGCAAGUGCAAUGAAGCUGGUGCACGCAGAGAGGAUGGGUGAGGCCAUUGACUCCCAGCUGGUUGUUGGUGUGAGGGAGUCGUACGUGAACCUAUGUUCUAACCCAGAAGACAAGUUGCAGAUCUAUCGGGAAAACUUCGAGCGGGCUUACAUCGAAGCAACUCGGCAGUUCUACCGGGCACAAGCACCUCAGUACCUAGAAGAAAACGGAGUCCAGAACUACAUGAAGUAUGCAGAACAGAAGCUGAAGGAAGAGGAGCAGCGUGCUGCGAAGUACUUGGAGUCGCAGUCGGGAUCGGUGCCCGCUUUGACGGAGUGCUGCGUCAGUGUCCUGGUGACGGCCUUCAGGGAACCCAUCCUCGCCGAGUGUCCCGGCAUGAUUCGUGCCGGCCAAACCCUCAAGCUGCAGCUUAUGUUCGGACUCAUGGAUCGUGUGCCCGAUGGUGUGCUGCCCAUGCUACACGACCUUGAACAGCAUGUCCUUUCCCAGGGCCUGGCUGACAUGCUCGCCUCGGCUGACAUCAUUACCCAGGACUCCGAAAAGUAUGUAGAGCAACUCUUGGACCUCUUUCAAAGGUUCAGCAAACUAGUCAAAGAAGCAUUCAAUGAUGACCCUAGGUUCCUUACAGCACGUGAUAAAGCAUUUAAACAGGUUGUGAACGAUACCUCUGUGUUUCGUCUUGAGCUUCCUUCUAAACAAAAAGGGGUUGCAAACAAGACGCAGCCUGAGUCCAGAUGUCCAGAGCUUCUGGCCAACUAUUGUGACAUGUUACUACGCAAGACCCCUCUUAGCAAAAAGCUGACAUCCGACCAAAUCGAAGCCAAGUUAAAAGAAGUGUUACUGGUGCUAAGAUAUGUUCAAAACAAGGAUGUGUUUAUGCGAUAUCACAAGGCCCACCUCACAAGAAGACUGAUCUUGGACUCGUCAGCUGACAGUGAGAAGGAGGAAAACAUGGUUGAGUGGCUAAGGGAUGUAGGUAUGCCUGCAGACUAUGUGAACAAGCUAGCGAGAAUGUUCCAGGACAUGAAAGUCAGUGAAGACUUAAAUCAACAGUUCAAGGAUGUGCACAGAAACAGCAACGAGUUGUUGGCUGACUCAAUCAACAUCAAGAUUCUAAAUGCUGGUGCAUGGGCUCGAGGCAGCGAGCGCGUUCAAGUUUCACUACCUCUUGAGCUGGAAGACUUCAUUCCGGAAGUGGAGGAGUUUUAUCGGCGGAAGCACAGCGGCCGGAAGCUACAGUGGUACCACCACAUGUCCAAUGGAACGAUCACCUUUUGUAAUCAAGUGGGCAAGUUUGACCUGGACGUGACGACGUUCCAAAUGGCUGUUAUGUUUGCCUGGAACCAGCGACCUAAUGAGCGCAUCUCUUUUGAAAACCUCCGACUCGCCACCGAGCUUCCAGAUGCUGAACUUCGGCGGACACUCUGGUCUCUGGUUGCAUUUCCCAAAUUGAAACGGCAAGUCCUUCUGUGUGGAUUUGAGGCCAAGUCACCUAAGGACUUUGACGAUGGCACCCAAUUUUGGGUGAACCAAGAAUUUGGAGUCAUAAAAAAUGGCAAAGUUCAAAAGCGAGGUAAAGUCAACCUAAUAGGAAGGCUUCAGCUAUCAACGGAGAAGAGCAAAGAGGAGGAUAAUGAAAGUAUUGUUCAACUAAGAAUAUUAAGAACGCAAGAGGCAAUUGUGAAAAUCAUGAAGAUGCGCAAGCGAAUCACCAAUGCCCAACUGCAGACAGAGCUGGUGGAAAUUUUGAAGAACAUGUUCCUGCCUUCGAAGAAAAUGAUCAAGGAGCAGAUUGAGUGGCUCAUAGAGCACAAGUACAUGCGUAGGGACGAAGAGAACAUCAACGAGUUCAUCUACAUGGCCUGAUCCAGCCACAUGUGCCGGCGCAGUGGUUUCCGAACAGUGCGCGCACACGCUCGUAUGGACCAGUCGAGUGCUGCGAAAGUUCGCCCGGUUUUUAUCCAACCGUCACCCCCUUCUAAGUCUAGGCUUCAGGACAACUCGUCAAUCACAGCGGCGGCCAUCUUGCCAAGGAACGCUGUACACUGUUUUCAUAGGAAAGUUGUUUUACAUGAAAAGCUUUCUUUCUUUUUUUUUUUUUUUUUUGAGGAUGUGACGACACUGGUUAGACUCAUUCAUCUGUAGUACUGGAAUUUCAUGUUGCAAGUGAGCCAAUUCAUUGUUUUACAUAUUUUGGUUGAACUCAUCUGAUCAAGUGCGAGAAUGCCACACAACGUGAACAAAGUUGCCUGUUUUGUGUCACCUUUUCUGAAGGGUGGUUAGAUACUUUGCUAAAGGAAUGUUGCUACUUUCAGUGCUCGCGUCUGUUGCCAACAGAUUUGAGUAUUUUUUUAAAUGCUUCGAGAGUUACUUUUCUGAACACUUGGAAAAGCGGCGACACAUGGAAGCAUUCGGCAUUGUACUACGUCGGGUUUUGAUGGUACUGCAGCCGACUUGAUCUGUACAGUUGCUUGAACAGAAACGUUCAGGUUUCACUGGCAUGCCCUCUUCCACAGGCACAGACGGCAAAUGUGCAUGCUUACCCGACACCAGCUGCAAGCCAUUUGAGAAUCUGUAGGUUAUGUGUUGCUAAGCAACGUAGUGGGAGUUCUCUAGGAAUAUGUACUGAAUGUUGAGUUGAAAAGGUAGCCCAGUAUAAAUGCCUCGUCUUGGUAAACUUCUCACUUGAUUGCAUUCAAAUUUUGCUUGGAGCUGGCAUUGGAUGGUGCUGUUUUAUACCACGUUUGAAUGCUGUAUGUGCAUUCUCCACAAUAAGUUAGAGUUGCAGGCAACGUGGUGUAGUUUAUUCUUCAGGGCAGCAGGUGGCACCCCUGAUAACACACGUUUAAUCUGGCAUUGCCACAUGACAUGCACUUCUGAUUUAUUCUGGAAAUGCUAGUACCGAAUCUAAACAUAAUAAGCAAAACAUUCACUGCCACUUCACCAUAAAAUUUGAAAACAAUCAGCAGUUAGUUUGGCCAGAAAAGAAACUUGUACAGGGGGCAUUCUUGUCAACGCGUUUAGUACAACCUGGCGCUAUUUGUCUGAGUAAACACUCAGUUAUCUGAAA